CGUGAAAAAACCCUCUGUUCUUCGAUGAAUGGUUCAUCGGUAUCGAGCAGUGGUGAGCCGUCCAAGAUCCAACCUGAGGAGGACGGCAGCGCAGCCAAUGGAGUGGAAAUCGAGAAAAGUGCGGUCGGACUGCCCCCUUCAGUCACGACCGGAGAGCGGCUGCUCGGAGUCAGCCACACACACACACACGCGUACAGACACACAGGCACACCCGCAGAUCAAACCAAUCAACGAUGCUCUCUCUCUAUGUCUGUCUGCGUGUGUGGAAUCUCUAGGAGGACGCACUCAAGUGGAUGUUCGUUUUGCUGCGGGCGAGUUUGCUCGUGCCGUAUGGUCGGGCGGAGAGGGUCGCUUCGGGCUUCGCCUGCCUCGUCUGCUGGUACUUGGCGAUCAUCGAUGCCCUUUUUCUGGAGGACACUGAGGACUUUUUCACCGACACCAAGGGCCGUGGCAUCCUGUUGAGUGCCACAACACUUUGGUUUCUUAUGUGCGGCGGCAUUCGGCUGUGGAUGCUGGUCUCAGUGUCGAGGGAGCGGCUGGCCAUGGUGUUCGCCUGUCUGGUCAAGGGCAGCUAUUGGACACUGGCCCUGGGGGACCAGAGCAAAGAUGUGGCCGAAUCGUUUUCCCGGCGGGUCAAGGUGUGGUCGGUGGUGUGCUUCGCCGCCGCCCUGACUUCGUGGCUGUUGCUGGUGUUUGGCUACAUUAUUGGCGCACAGACACGUCGGGUCUUCAACUUUCCGUGGGCCGACUGGUUCAUCGAGGAAGAAAGCCCAGGUACGGACGAUCACAUCCUCAACGGACGACAAUCUGAUCAAUCUGCCCGCGGCCUCGUUCCGUCACGUUGCUUUGCAGGCAUUCACUGGUUCGGGCUCGUGACGGCGAUUCUGAGCAUCUUUCCGUGCUUUGUGUGGAUUGUGCCGCUGCUGCCCUACUCACUGGCCAUCAACCUGCUCCACGAGCGAUUUAGGGCGUUUUGCCAAUCACUCGACGACUCCAUCCGGCCGUUGGAGCGGCAGAAGACGCGGCCAGGGGAGCCGAGCAGCUAUGCCGAGGCCGCCGCGGGCAAGAAGCCCUCGGUGAGGCAGCUCACGCUGGCGCACCGCCAGCUGUGUCAGGGAGUCAUGAUGGUGGACCGCACCUUUCGCGCUUUCGUCGCCAUAUCGUUCACAAUCAACACGGCUUUGUCGAUCCUGGUCGUCUACAGGAUUGUCUUCUUUGGUGGGUGGAAUAUAUUUGGCAAGGACAAGGCAGGCAUACAAACAGACAGACAGGCGUCGCCACUCAUGAGUUGUGGCAUGUGUGUGUGUGAAAGGCUACACCGCGUCGAGUGCUGAGGCGGGGGCGUUUGUCUUCUGGUGUGUCGGUCUCGCCAUCCAGGUAGGUCGGUCGGUCGGUCGGCACGCAAGCGCAUGUCUGUAUUAUGUAUGCCAGUCACUGUGUGGUGUGAAUGACAGUUCUUCGUGUGUUACAAGUCGGCCAAGUUGUUUUCCUGGUAGGCCGAUUGACGGAUUGGCUGACUGAAUAUGCUUGUCUACGGCCUCCAUCCCCACACAGGCACGAGCACCUGCGGCUCCGCUGCCACCAGGUGCAGGUCGGCCUGCCCUACCACGCAUCAAGCACACCCACGUCGCUCGCCUCACAAAUGACGAGAUGCCACUCCGUCGCCGACGAUCUGACAUCCGCGGGGGGGCCAGGAGGCGACAGUAGCACCAGCAGCAGGCGGGCAGUGACGCAGGAGGCCCUCUAUGCGCGGCAGGAGCGGCUUGAGCUGGAGUUGGAGCAUCUGCGGUUUUCGCACCAGGUGGAGAGCUUCACCCCUGGCAUCACCGUGGGUGGGGCCGUGACGAUGAACUGGCGGGUGCUGGGCGUGGCGGCGUCGGUGACCGCCUCGGUGUUUGUCUUCCUUUAUGAGACGCGGAAGAACAACAGAGGAGAAGGGGAGUGAGUGAGUGCGUGACGCUUUUCUACCUGCGUGCCUUGCUCGUCCACUGGCCGCGCCUGUGUGCUUUGCCUGCCUGCCUGCCUGCCUGCCUGCCUACCAGCUUUGCCCGCACAGGGGAGGUGGACGAAUGUACUGUAGGCGUAGCUGUGGGUGUUCCUGUUCGCUCGCUGUGUGGGUGUGGGUGUGGGCAGAGCGGUGCGUUUAUCGUGUCUUGGUGCGAUCGCGGUGGCGGUGUCCUGAAGUGGCGUUUAUCCCGUGUAUUUGCGGGGUGGAGUGGAGUGGAGUGAGUGUAUGACAAUGCGAUGAUCAGACACAAGUGGUGAGCAAGUGUGGUGGAUGAGACCACGACCCUUCAUCAAGUGCCAGACAAGCGUCAGACAGACAGACGUGCAUCCUGUCCUGCAU